CUGGGAAAACCACCCGGGUUCUAGCGGCCUGGUUCCCUUGGUAACCUUUACCGAGGAUCGGCUCGUCGAGACGGCAAGGCUCCGGACAUGUUGUGCAGGAAUCAAAUGGGCGGACGACCGUGUCGGUGAAAUAAAGACCUCAACCUCACCUCUGGAGUCUGGACGACGGGCUCGAGUGGUAUUGACAUAAUCCCACUCCAGUGUCUCAGCCGCCACGAUGCGCUUCCCACUGUACGUCACACUCUUCUCCGCGGUCGCGGGCGCAGCGCAGUGCGGCUUCCAGCAGCAGUGCUCUAAGCUCGCGAGCAAGCUGAAGAUUGACAAUGCCACCGUCUGGUUCGCUGAGUACGUGCCUGCCGGCACCAACCUGACCUUCCCCGACUCGGACCCGAGCUGUGGCCAGGCCGCCCUCGCCGUGGGCGUCGACUUUUGCCGCGUCGCUUUGCACGUUGACACGUCGAGCCAGUCGGGCAUCAGCAUGGAGGCAUGGCUGCCGCGCAACUGGACCGGCCGCUUCCUGAGCACAGGCAAUGGCGGGCUCAACGGCUGCCUCUCGUACAACGAUAUGGCUUACACGGUCGAGCUCGGCUUCUCAACAGUCGGUGCCAACAACGGCCACAACGGCACCGAGGGCACGUCCUUCCUCAACGCUCCCGAGGUCGUGAAAGACUUCGCCUGGCGGUCCGUCCAUACCAACGUCGUAGUCGGGAAGCAGAUCUCGGCAGCCUUCUACAACAAGAAGCACUCAAAGUCGUACUACCUCGGUUGCUCGACAGGCGGCAGGCAGGGCUUCAAGUCUGCCGAAUCCUUCCCCGAGGACUUCGACGGUAUCGUGGCGGGCGCUCCCGCUGUCGAUUUUAACAACCUGAACUCGUGGUCUGGGCACUUCUAUCUCCUCACCGGCGCGGCCGGGUCUCCAACUUAUUUAACCCCUGACCAGUGGUUCGCGGUCCACGACAACAUCCUGGACCAGUGCGACGGCCUCGACGGCUACGUAGACGGCAUCCUCGAGGAUCCCGAGCUCUGCGAUUACCGCCCCGAGGCCCUGAUCUGCCCGCCCGGCACACCGGCCAACAGCAGCACGUGCAUCACCGAGACGCAAGCGCAGACGGUCCGCGCCGUGUUCUCCGACCUCAAGGGCAAGAACGGCACGGUCGUGUACCCCCGUAUGCAGCCGGGCUCGGAGCUCCUAGGGACCCCCUAUAUCUACUACUCGGGCCAGCCGUUCCAGUACUCGGCCGACUGGUUCAGGUACGUCGUCUACAACGACCCCAACUGGGACCCGGCGACGCUCGGCCCGGCCGACUACGCGCACUCGGACACGCUCAACCCGUCCGACAUCCGCACCUGGUCCGGCGACCUCUCCGCGGCCAACGCACGCGGCGCCAAGAUCCUGCACUACCAUGGCCAGCAGGACGAGAUCAUCUCAAGCUCCAAUUCACCGCGCUACUACAAGCACGUGGCCGAGACCAUGGGCCUGUCGAGCGCCGAGCUGGACAGCUUCUACCGCUUCUUCCGCAUUUCGGGCAUGGGCCACUGCGCCGGCGGGAACGGGGCGAGCUUCAUCGGCCAGAGUCGCGGGGCCACGGCCAGCCUUGACCCGGACCAGAACGUGCUGACGGCCCUAGUGCGGUGGGUAGAGCAUGGCAAGGCGCCGGACUCGAUUCUGGGCACCGCCUUUGUCGACGGGACGGCGGGCGGUGAAGUUGCGUUCCGGCGUAGGCACUGCAAGUACCCGUUGCGGAAUACUUACACGGGCGAGGGGGACCCGAAGGACCCCGGCAGCUGGAAGUGCGUUGCGUAAAGGGAGUGAG